AGUUCGAAAUUAACAUACCAUCAGCGUCGACCAUUAACCAACCGGAGGUAGCUCGUUAUAUUGUUUGCCGAUUUUGUUUUUUUCUACGACACCGACUUCCGUCAGCUAGAAAAGUUCGGAAACCACACUGUAAUUAAGUCAAUCGGGCACGCAAAUCCAUUGAAUCCGUUUUAGUUAUUAUCAUUUUUGCGAUUAUCCUUUCGCGGUAGUCGUUGUUGACUGUCACUUGCGGGUUGGCUAUGAUUUCCUGAAAGUAAUUGGUUGCAAUGUGUAUAUUUUCUUUAUACCGAUGAUGGCAUAGUAUCACCCAAGCUGAUAUAUUAAGGUUCUGCGACUCAUUUCAUUCAAUUCAAAAAAAUAAGAAAAGAUGGAUAACGGCGCCCGUGAAGAACGACGAAGCAAUCCCAGGGAAAGAGCCAACUUAUUUUCCUUUUUCACCUUUGCGUAUACCUUCGGCCUUUUUAAGAGAGGAAUUAAGGGAAAUCUUCAAGAAAAAGACAUUUAUGCUAUCCCGGACGACUGCGAUUCGAAGAUAUGCGGCGACCAAACCGAACAAGAGUGGAAACAGAACAAAAUGUUGAUAAAGCUGCUUUGGGCAAGAUUUGGCUUUCGAUAUUGCAUUUUGACGGGGGCACAUCUCGCAUGGACAUUAUUUAAUAGCAUUGUGCAUCCAUACGUCCUCAGCAAAUUCAUAUCCUACUUCCAAAAAAAUCAGAACGGCAUCACCAGGUCAGACGCGACUAUGUACGCUACCGUAGUAGUGUUCCUGUCUAUAUUCCACUGCUUUUGGGCACACAACUACUUCAUGUUCGAGUGCAAGCUCGAACUCCAAAUCAAAGCCUCCCUCACCUCGCUGAUUUAUCGAAAAGUUUUGAAACUACGAGCCGGUGAAAUAUCUGAGACCAGCAUGGGUAAUAUCGUGACGAUAUUGACCAAAGAUAUUAGAAAUGUCGUGGGUAACAUAUGGACUUUGAGCGAUAUGAUCGUGGGGAGUAUUCAGACCGUGACGAUAUUUUAUCUGUUGUACGCUCGAAUGGGGCUGCCUUCGACGAUUGCGAUGAGUAUAUUGUGUACAGGAUUAGUCAUUCAAGUUAUCAUAAGCAGACUAGUUACAAAAAUGAGAUUAAAAGUUUGUAAAAUGGCAGACAAGAGGUUACAGCUUACUCAAGAGACUCUGUCAGCCUUAAGAAUAAUCAAAAUGUACACAUGGGAGAUAUUCUUCGAACAACGCAUAUAUCAAGCUAGGAAGAAAGAAAUGAAGACAACGAUGAAAGCCUUCUACUUAAAAAUCAUUCUUAUCCUCAUCGGAAUAAUGGGAUCCAAAAUAACAUUCCCAAUACUCCUCAUCUGUUACGUAGCCUUAGGUUACAUCCCCACCACAGAGCUCGUAUUUUACGUCAUAGGUCUGUUCAGAGAACUACGCCAUUCUGUCGGAAUCACCAUACCCUUCGGCCUGACUAAUUGCGCGGAAGUCUACGCCUCCCUUACCAGAGUAAGCAGAGUGUUGCACAUCGAAGAACACUACAGAGGCUCAAACGACGAUCCGAUAAACAAAGAUAAAGUUAAAGUCGAAUGUAAAGACGUCAGCGUUUCUAUAGGCAAGGAGAGUAUACUUAAAAACAUAACUUUUAAUAUAAAUAACCCUGGAUUAAAUGUAGUCACCGGUUUAGUAGGAUCAGGAAAAAGUUCUUUGCUCAAGACUAUUUUGAGAGAUUACCCGACUACUAAAGGUAGUAUUACAGUUUUUGGUUCUAUCUCUUAUGCUUCACAAGAUCCAUGGUUGUUUCCUUCUACCAUCAGACAAAAUAUUUUGUUUGGUCAAAGUUUCAAUAAGCGUAGGUAUGAGGAAGUCAUUGACGUUUGUUCUUUGAAGUACGACAUUAGCCUUCUACCAGAAGGAGACGAAACGGUUGUUAUAGAUAAAGGAAUGAACCUGAGCAAAGGCCAACAGGCACGUUUGAACUUGGCCAGAGCCAUCUAUAAAGAUAGCGACAUCUACUUGCUGGAUGAUUCUUUAGCUGCACUGGACGUUAACGUUCAAGAAAACAUUUUCAGAAAAUGCAUAAAAGACUAUCUAAAAGACAAAAUAGUGAUUUUAGUAACACAAAACCCCGCCCAUUUUAAAAGCGCAGCAAAUAUUAUUUUACUGAACAGUGGAGGUCUGAAGUCGAUUAUAAAGCCUACGGAGAAAGUAUCGGAAGAAUUGGAAAAUUUGAAAAACAAAAUAAUGGAGACUUUCGAAAGUGAUCAUAAGAUCGUUAAAAAUAAUAAUCUGAUAGAUGUUAAUUUAGAUGAGGAGAAGGAGCAAAAGAAAAUAUAUCAAGAGGAUAAAAAGCAGGGAAGUGUUGACUUGGCGACUUACUACAAGUACUUCAAAUUUGGAGGGGGGAUUAUUAUAUUUUGUUUAUGCAUGUGCUUGUAUCUGGGAGGGCAGUUUACAGAAAGCUAUUCGGAGAAGCUGGUUUCAAAAUGGGUGGACUAUCAACAACAAGCAUACGAUAUUGGUCUGGGUAAAAAUGUAACAGCAAAAGACACCAACGCAACGUUAACACAAACCGAUGCAUUGGGAAGACGAGAUAGAACGUUUAAUCUAUAUACGAUAAUGAUUUCCUCGUCUGCUGUUCUGGCCUUAGUCAAAGCCUACUCUCUUUUACGGUAUUGUAGAAAGGCGUCCAUUAAUAUACACCAAGCGAUGUGCCACAGCGUGAUCAAUUCGGCCAUGAGCUUUAUGGAUAACCAUUUCAUUGGCAAUAUACUAAAUAGGUUUUCGUACGAUUUGGAUGUGAUUGAUGAAAUGCUUCCGUUUAUAUUUAUGGAGUUCUUCAGAAGCUUUAUCAAUAUUGGCGGAAUACUUAUCUUGAUAGCUACAGUAAAUUGGAUCUUCCUUAUGUUUGCUAUAAUCUUUUUCUCCGUAUUAUUCUGCGUGAGAAUGGUAUACAUGCCAACUGGGCGUACACUAAAAAGACUGGAAGCAAUGACUCGAAGUCCUCUCAUUGGUCACCUUAAUGCAUCAGUAGAAGGCUUAACUACCAUAAGGGCAUAUAAGGCAGAAGAAGUAUUAAAGGAUGAAUUCGACAAACAUCAAGAUCUAGCGAAUUCAUCCUUCUACAUGAUGAAGACAACUAGAAUGGCAUUUGGAUUCGUCAUGGAUUUCAUGGGAGCCAUGUUCAUUCUAUUCAUUAUCAUAAUCCUGCUGUGUGUAGAUACACAAAUAUCUGUUGGAAAUGUUGGGUUAGCUCUCACCCAAGUUUUCAUGCUCACCGGGUAUUUGCAGUGGGCAGUGCGUCAAUGGGCAGACCUAGAAAACUGCAUGACUUCGGUAGAAAGAGUGCUAGAAUAUACCGACGUCCAACAGGAGAACAAAUUAGGCGGAGCUCUAAACGAUUGGCCCAAAGAUGGUUCUAUUAAGUACGAAAACGUCAGUCUUUCGUACAAUGGUGACAAUAAAGUACUGAGAAACAUUAGUGUCACUAUAAAACCAUGUAGUAAAAUUGGAAUUGUUGGAAGAACUGGUGCUGGAAAAUCAUCCAUUAUUUCAACUUUGUUUAGACUCUACGACUGUGAAGGUAGAAUACUCAUUGACGAUAUCGAUAUUACCACUGUAUCCAUUAGUUUUCUAAGAAAAAGCAUUUCGAUUAUACCCCAGGAUCCAAUAAUUUUUGAAGGCACGGUUAGAGAUAAUAUUGACCCUUACAAGGUCUACUCUGAUGAAGAAAUUUGGCAGGUGCUCGAAAAAGUGCAAAUAAAGGAUCUCGUACCGACGUUGGAAGACGACAUACUUACCUUAAAUCUAAGUACCGGACAAAAACAACUUCUCUCUUUAGCGAGAGCGAUUAUACGUAAAAAUAAAAUAGUGGUUCUGGAUGAGGCAACUGCAAAUAUGGACGAACAAGCCGAAGAGCUGGUGCACAAACUCAUUCAAGAGAAUUUUGAGGAUUGUACAGUGGUGAUGAUUGCACAUAGAUUAAGUACGAUUAUGCAUUGUGAUAAAGUGAUGGUCAUGGACAAUGGCAGCGUUGCCGAAUUUGAUGAUCCGAAAACAUUAGUGGCAAAUAAAGAGAGUUUGUUUUACUCCAUGACGCAACAAGCGAAAAUGGGCUCGUGAUAUUUAUUGUAAAUACUGUAAGAUAAUAAAAUUUGUUAAGUAA